AUGGACCGCAUUGAGCAUGCCGAUGAUCCCGUGGAUGCUUCUAGCAAUGGCGCUGAAAUUGCCCAUGACCGCACGCCGGCCUCAGUUAAUGCCGGCAAUGCAUCACGCCUGGCUGCUCCCAUGAACCCACCGGGGCGUCGUCCAGAGCGACGCCCGAGUAUCCGGCUGAUGCGUCUCCCGAAUACCCAACGACUACUCGUCCAGGCCGUGCCGCCAGGGCUUGAUACCCGUCAUGGCGCCAGUCAGGCUCCUCAACCCCCAGAAACCAGGCGACGAAGUAGCUCCGAACCCCAACGCGUUCCGCUCGAUUGCCUGCUCGACCAGAACGCUCUCUCUGCCCGUCGAAAUGCGGCGCCCAUGUCACCAUUGUCUGAAGAGCCAAGUCGCCAACGAUCUCACCCAAACCAACACGAGCAAUCGCUUGCUUCGGAAGAGCCAGCGCAAGGUGUCGUUCUUCGACCUAUUGAGAACAAACAUAGCACACUUGGUGCCAGUCGGGGGAGGAUCCGGAGGAUGAGCAGUGGAGCACGUUCGAUGCUCGGGUUGAACCGUGUUGCCACGCAUAAUGGUGCUAUAGAGGUCCCAUCUUUGCCCCAGGGAGAGUACGAGGCAGAGGUCGUCAACUUGCUAGAUGUUAUCGAUCCCGAGGUAUCCACCAUUACCACCCUAACUAACGUUCAAAACUCCCUUUUUAUUCCUGACCUUGGGAAUUGGGUGAACCGCCGUCCUGCCUACGCUAUAACUCCUGGCCCUAGUCGUGGCCAUGCACAAAUAGAGCGGCCAGCCAGGCCUGCAGAAGGGGAGAAGCCUCAGAAGGAUGGGGCUCGGCCAGUGCUUGAGCGAACCGGCACCAUGGACACUAUUACAUCAACCCUCAGUGAAUCGCGGUUUGCCGUAUUGCCAGAUGGUGUGUCCCUAGAAGGUUGGAGUGCGGAUGAUAAAAGGGCACUGAACGAUCAUGUUCGGCACAUGCUACAUUCGCGGAGGUCCGCUUUCAAACGGGGCUUAAAAGGCUUCAUCCAAUAUGUCAAGAAGCCUCUUGGAUUUCUAGUAACGUUAUACGCCACGUUAAUCACGCUUUUUGGUCUUGCUUGGGUAUUAUUCCUUAUCGGUUGGAUAAACGUUGGCGGGAAACAACUUUAUGUUAUCAAUGUAAUCGACUACAUUCUCGUUGCCCUAUUUGCAAUCGUCGGAGAUGGCCUUGCUCCUUUUCGCGCCGUGGACACUUAUCACAUGUUUUUCAUCGCCCGCUACCACCGCCUUACCUACAAACUUCGCCGCAAGCAGCGUCUUCCCAAACUUCGAAAUAAGAACGACCUCCCUGAACGCCGCGAGGAGGAACUAGACGCAGACAUCGACAUCGAAAAGGCUGGAGACACCUCCAAAACUGAAGAUACCGCCGAAUUCUCCGUUCUCACCCCCAAGCAACAAGAGAGCCUCACGCAUCACGCAGGCAAGUUCGCCAAGUCACAUACCUUCUACAAACCCCAUGAGACCACAACGCAUCACGCCUUUCCCCUGCGCAUUUUGAUCGCAGUCGUCAUCCUGCUAGAUUUCCACUCUUUAUUCCAGAUUGCGCUGGGAGCAACGACCUGGGGCAUUGACUACCGCGUCCGUCCGUUUGCCCUCACGACUGUGAUUCUAUGCUGUUCGUUGAGUUGUAACUUUGCGGCGGGCUUGUUGAUUUGGAUUGGGGACCGACGGACAAGGAAGAAGGAUGUGAUUGAGAAGAUGUUCAGACAGGAGUUGACGGAGCAGGCGAUCACGAAGCUGCAAAAGAAGAAGAGUAAGAAAAAGGAGCAAGAGGAGAAGGAAAGAGAGAGGAAAUCUCAAGAGGAGAGCCGGGUACUCGGUGGAAGGCCGAGUGAGGAGCGUGUUCUGUUGAAGUAA